AUGGCUAGGAACAGGAUCGUCCUGAAGGCGAUCUGGAGGAUACCCGAGAAAGAUGAGGCCAAAGUGGGUCAGCUGGUCAUACGACCCGACUACAAGAAACAACUUUUAAACUGCAUAGAUAGAGUAUUAGCCCAGAGCUACUUGGCAGGAGUGAAUGUCAUUUUCUGUUUGGGGGUUCCAAGCAAAAGACUGGCAGUGAUGCAGGUCACUGACCUUGAUGUUGACCUCACUGACCUUGAUGUUGACCUUCAAGGUCAUGCUGCCAAUGUGCUGCUCUCAGAGACGGGAGAGGUGAAGCUAGCAGAUUUCGGGGUUGCGGGUCAACUCACAGACACAAUCAAUAAAAGAAACACAUUUGUAGGGACGCCAUUUUGGAUGGCACCUGAAGUCAUUAAACAGUCAGCAUAUGAUUCAAAGGCUGAUAUCUGGAGUUUAGGAAUUACAGCAAUUGAACUGGCCAAGGGAGAGCCCCCAUAUGCUGAUCAAAACCCAAUGAAAGUCCUGUUUCUCAUCCCAAAAAAUAACCCUCCACAAUUGACCGGGCCUUUUAGUCGCAAUUUUAAAGACUUCGUAGAGAUGUGUCUAAAUAAGGACCCAUCCAAUGCAGACAUCUGGAGUUUAGGUAUUACUGCUAUAGAACUCGCCAAGGGUGAACCUCCAAACUCGGAGCUCCAUCCAAUGAAAGUGCUCUUCCUCAUUCCAAAAAACAAUAGCCCCAAGCUUCACGGUCCCUAUAGCAAGAGCUUUAAAGACUUUGUAGACACUUGCCUUAAUAAGGAUCCCAAAAAUGUAAGUUUUGUUCUGGGCAGUAUUUUGAUUUUACUGAUGAGUUUGACAUUUGCCAACUGGUAUAUGACAGAUUAAGAAAAACAACCAAACACAAAUUUUUUUUUAUUUAAAAAUGUACUUUUAAACAUGAUAAAGCAGUAUUUUAACUUAGCAUCACAAGACAGUUCUGUUGUUUAUUAUGAGCCUCACAAGACAGUUCUGUUGUUUAUCAUGAUCGGAACCAUCUUCUAUUUGGAGAAUCUUGAAGGUGAAACAUUGCAGUAAGAUGUUACUUAGUGCAGAAAAUGUAGGACUUAAAUUAUGUGCAGCUGUGAAACUAGAUUUAUACAUGGAAUUUGGACAUAUCUGUUUUGGGAAUGCAUCUUAUUUUGGGAAUGGUGUGUUGAUAUUUAUGUUUGGUUUUUCUGUUAAUUUGCAUGCUCAGUAGAGUAAAGCACUAGUUGUUAGCCUAGAGAAUUUGCAUCGCACACAAGUCGUUGCAUGCAGACUUGCCCAGCCUUACAUUAAUGUAUUGUAAUCAAUUCGGAAUACAAACAUGAUAAUGUAUCAUAAUCCUACUAGCUUUCUGAAUUGUAAACUUGCAAAGUUGAGAAAGGCAAAAAGUAAUACAAAUCUAUUUCAAUUGUUUAUAUUCGUACACAGUUUACUGAAUAUUGUAUGUGCUGUUCAAGCUACCAGUAUAAAAGGUCUAGCUACCAGUAUUAAAGGUCACAGUUAUUGUCAUAUUGACGUCACUGAAUAGGAGUUCAGCUAAAUAAAUGACGAACAUCAUCCUUCAUGAAUUUCUAACAUUGAAUUCUGGUUAUUGAUAUUAAAAAUGUACCUAUAUGCAGUGUAGAUGUCAAUUCAUUAAUGAAAGUAGUCAAUGGCAAUGGUUGAAAUUUUUAGACGUGUAGAGUAUAAUGAACAGGUCAGUAAAUUUUUGCUUUUCCAAGGCAUGAGUACUUGGCUGGUAUGAGUUUUUUGGGCUUGUUUGGCUAAGGAGCUUCAAUCUUCUGUGUUUUAAGUUAUCUUUAAUGAAGAAAAAACUUAAAAGAACAAAAAAUCCUUUUUGCAAGAACAACAGUUCUGUGUUUCACACCAAACCGUAGGUAUAUUUUUUUCCAGGGAUGAACUGGUAGUACUUCAAUUUAUGAAAAUAAUGGGUCUCAUUUCUAACAAUAAAGGCAUGGCAAAUAAUGUUGCAAAUCAAUACACUAUUUAAAUUGACUUCUAUUUAUCUUGAAUAAAAGUAGACCCGAAUUAUUGGUCAAAAAGCUUAGACCAAUUUUGUGGGCAGAAACUGUUAUGAAACCAGUGCCUGUUUGUUAAGCCAGGUCACUGUCAGGAGUU